AUGAAUUAUAGGGAGUCCAGGUCUCUACCUAAUGCUUGUGUAAAGAAUUUAUGUGAUAAAUUAUUUGAAAAGCGCAAGGCUGGUGCUAUGGAAGUGGAACGGCUGGUCAAGACAUAUGUCCUAAAAGAAAAGGCGGAAGAAAUCGAAAAAAUUCUACAAAUUCUAGGUCAAGAUUUUAUCGUCUCUCCUAAUGUCAAUGUUAGAAAAGGAGGACUUUUUGGUCUAGCGUCUGUUGCGAUUGGACUUGGGCCGACUUGUUCGCUUUAUUCGGAUGCACUUAUUGCACCAAUUUUUCAAGCACUUCGGGACAAUGAUGCGCAGAUCCGGUAUUGUGCAUGCGAAUCUCUUUAUAAUAUACUCAAAGUUCUUCAAGUUCAUGCCUUACGAUAUCUUAAUGAUCUGUUUGAGGCCCUUUGUACGGCAACAGCAGAUUCAGAAAUGUCUGUUCGUCAAGUUGUGGAUCAUUGUGAUCGUCUUCUGCGUGAUAUCGUGAUUCAAAAUCGUAAUAUCGAUAUCGACUCUUUUAUGGACAUUAUUUCAGAACGAUUGAAGACGCGAAUUCCAUUUACUCGCAAAUUCGUUGUCUGUUGGAUAUCUUCUCUCAUUUCUGUUCCUGAGUUUAAAGUCCUCAAAAGUAUUCCACAAAUUCUCAGUGGUCUUUUGAACAUUCUUAGGGACGAAAACCCUGACAUUCGUCGAAAUUGUGAUAUUCUUUUGAAUGAAUUCUUACGGAGUAUCGUUCAAGAUCCUGAUUCUGUUGAUAUUGUACAGUUAAUAAAUAUAUUAAUUUAUCAUUGCCGAGAGUCUACAAACAUCCUUUCUCCAAUGGACGAUUCGUCCAUCGAGGUUGUGCCAAAUUUCCCCGAUUCGAAUCUCCCUCCUGAACGUCUACGACAAAUUACUACACUUCAAUGGAUUCGCCAGUUUAUUGCCAUCUCCACGACUAAAAAACUCCAACUUCUACCUCUAGCUGCUCAAAUUCUUUCUGUUGUUUUGCCCUGUCUUGAUGACCGAGAUGAAAUUGGAAAUCGAAUUUUAAUUCACCGAAAUAAGGAUAUCUAA